GCAGGUCACAUGGUGCAAACAGGUCCCCUCCCCCUUGUCCAUUCCUCCAUUUCCUCCCCACUGCAGGGCGAGCCAGCAGCAGAGGUAUCAUGGCCCAGAGGGGACCCCACCCAACACUGCUGCUGGUCUUGCUGGCCACAUGCCUGGCUCUGGCCAGCGGGGAGACGCGCUACGAGAAGUUCUUGAGGCAGCACGUCGAUUACCCAAGGACUGCCGCCCCGGACACCAGGACCUACUGCAACCAGAUGAUGCAGCGCAGGGGCAUGACCUCGCCAGUCUGCAAGUUCACCAACACCUUCGUCCAUGCCAGCGCCGCCAGCAUCACCACCAUCUGUGGCCCUGGGGGGGCCCCGGCGGGUGGGAACCUGCGAGACAGCACAGCCUCCUUCGCCCUCACCACCUGCCGGCUGCAGGGGGGAUCACAGAGACCUCCCUGCAACUACAACGGGGGCACCAGCACCCAACGCAUCCGCAUCGCCUGUGAUGGGGGGCUCCCUGUGCACUACGACAGAGCGAUAUAGCUUGGGCCCAUUGCACAGCACCGUCAGUCCCCCCAGACCCUGUUCCACUGAUGCCCCAGUGCCCACGAUACAGUAUAGCCGCCCCUUCCCCACCCCGCCCUCUGCUUCCCCCUAGUGCCCAUUAUACAGUAUAGCCGCCCCUUCC